GAUCCGCUCAGUGCUGACCAACACACAGCAAGAGGACCUGAGCGUGCAGGUGGAGGUUCUGGAUCGCUACGUCACAGAGCUCAGAAGCUACAUGAAGAGGUUCCCCUGGCCUGUAGGGGGCGACACCUGCAGCACAAACUCUGCUGAGGCUGCCCCCCUGCAGGAGGAAGAGGAGGAGAGUGAGGAAGAGGAGGACGAGUGGGAGAAACUGCAGACGGAGGAAGUGGUGCGGUGCUCCAUCCUGACCAAUCAGAUACCUCGGGCUCAGGCGGUGCUGAGGGGGCGGGGCCUGAAGGAGCAGCGUCUGUCUGCUCUGAGGAGGCGGGGCCUACAGGAGGUGUUCACCUGUCUGCAGCACAGAGACCUGCACACUGCCAACACUCUGCUCACUAACAUGGGCUUCAGCGUAAAGCAGCAACUCCGCAGUAUCUGCCUCUUCACCGACGACUACGACUUGCGGGACUUUGUGGUGGAGGAGCUGUCAGGGCGGAGGCUGCUCCCCGAGGAGGAGGUGCAGAGCGUGGAGUUCAUGAAGCAGAUGGAGAGGCUGGGGACCCUGCCUGCUGCCCGCUCUGCAGAAACACCUUCACACAGGGGGGUGCAGAUGGUGCUCAGGGAGGGGGGUGUUGGGGAGGAGGUUCUGCUGGAGCUGCUGUUACAGAGGAGGGAGGAGGAGGGGGGGGGGCUUUGGACGACCCUCAGGCUGGACUGGGUCAGGAACUGGGACCAGAGCUGCAGGACGGCUGUGCUGCUGUCCAGACUGCCUCCCACAGAGGUGACUUCCUGUGACUCGGCGUUGUUGUGGCGUUACCGGACGUCCCUCCACGACCAGCGACGGAUCAUCGACUGGAUCCAGAACGAGGAAGUGAACCCAGAACUGGUGAAUAAUAACACAGCCUGUAGCUGCUUCCUGAGGGAGAAGAUCCUCGACCUACUGGCCAG